ACGUACAUGAGGAGUCGCCUUGCUUGGCUGGGCGCGGUGGGGGCAAAGUAAGGCCGAUGAUAAAGGAGUUGAGUGAAUUCGGACUGAUGUACGUGUUUGGCCACUGUGACCGUGAUUACUGAUCAUUUGAGGGCUGCAAUCAUAAUUAUCUGUGGACGUGAACAUCCAUGCAUCUUCAAGAAAUGCAUGAUGAAGAAGAAGCAGUUCAUCAUACUAAUGAUUUUCCUGUUCUCUCUGCUGGUUGUUCUGCAGAUAAUUCAUUCUGUAUUAUUGCAGUAUUUAGAAGAUUUUGAAAUGAAUAUUUAUGAAGAACCACUUGCAUCUGAUAAUCAGGAUCACAAUGGAUUUGACAUGGAGCCUGGAUCGCUGCUUUCUCACAUGUCAGAAGCUGUCAAAUCCAACUCAUCACCAGAUGACUCUGGGGAAUACCAGAUUGUUGAGAAUGUUUUAUACUCUGCUGAAGGAACUGACAGAGAUGUGACUCUAGCAGUUCAUGCCUCUGUGGAAAGCCUGAGCACUCUUCCAAGAACCAUUCAUCAAUGGGAGGGUCCCGUCUCGCUGGCCGUGUUGGUGACGGCCGAGCUGGCGGACGAGGCGGCGCUCCGCCUGCUGGCACUGCGGCUGUGUGUGGCCGGGCCGCUGGCGCUGCACCUGGUGGUGUCGGUCGGCUUGCAGCUGCGCUGGCCGGCCCGGCCGCCCGGCCGCGGCGCCCUCUGCCGCCGGCUCGACUCGCCACCGCCGGCCCGCUCCUACCAGCUCUCCGUACCCUACCCCAACAAUCUGCUGCGCAACGUGGCGCGGCGCGCGGCGCGCUCCCAGUUCGUGCUCUCGCUGGACGCCGAUAUGGUGCCAAGCGAUGGGCUGCGGCGGCAGUUCAUGGCGCUGGCGGACGCUGCGCGCUUGUGGGAGGCGCCAGAGCCGCGCACCGCGUAUGUGCUGCCGUUGUACGAGGUGGGCGCCGCCGUGGCGCCGCCGCGCGACAAGACGACGCUGCUGGAGCUGCGCCGACGCUGGCCGGGCCUGCUGCGGCCCUUCUACGCCACGGCCUGCGCCAAGUGCCAGGCGCCGACCGACUACGCGCGCUGGGAGGCGGCGCCGGCCGCCGGCCGCCUGGCGCCUCUGUACGACGUGGCCUGGGCGGAUCCCUGGGAGCCGGUGUACGUGCUGCACCGCGACGCGCCCCUCUACGACACCCGCUUCAGACAGUUCGGGUUCAACCGGAUCAGUCACGCGUGCGAGCUCCACGUGGCCGGCUUCAGCUUCCGCGUGCUGGGCGACGGCUUCGUGCUGCACCUUGGCCUCAAAGGCGAGGAUCCUCCGCGGCCGGGCCAGCAGGAGGAGCAGGACCGCAACCGGCUGCUGUUCAGACAGUUCAAGCAGGAGCUGAAGGUCAAGUACCCGGCCUCGUCGCGCCGAUGCUAGUCAACGGGCGGCCGCCGCGCCAAGUCAUUGCGGCUGUGCCGUCUAGCAGUACCCGUGCCAUAAUGGGUAUUGUCGUGCGUGCCUUUUAUGCGUGUAAUGAAAUGAAUACAUGUUUCGUACU